AUGUUUCCACAAAUGAAGUUCCGAGUUUCCGGUUUGGAUGCCAAGGCCAAAUACAUCUUACUUCUUGAUAUUGUUGCAGCCGAUGACUACAGAUAUAAAUUCCACAACAGACGCAUGUUUCCCGCUUAUAAAGUGAGGGUGUCCGGUUUAGACAAACGAGCUAGCUACAUACUUCUGAUGGACAUCGCGGCAUCCGAUGACUGCCGAUAUAAAUUUCACAACAGUAGGUGGAUGGUGGCCGGAAAAGCGGACCCCGAAAUGCCGAAGAGGAUGUACAUACACCCGGACUCGCCAAGCAGCGGUGAGCAGUGGAUGCAGAAAGUCGUGAGCUUCCAUAAACUGAAGUUAACCAACAACAUGAGCGACAAGCACGGCUAUGUAAGUACUGUACGUAACGCAAACCAACCAAUCACUUACUACUAG